CCACCGCUAAAAGCAGACGUUAAACACACUUUUGUUUAUAAAGAACAUUUUUGUUAUUUUUUUGUAUUGACAAAAAUAGAUUUUACAAUCUGUGAAUAAAAGUAAAAUUAAAAGCUUAUUAAAACAAAUGGAGCAAAUUGCAACAAAUAUCGACAUAUUGAAAAAAAUAUUCAAUUACCUGGAACUCAGCGAACAACUUAACGCCACACAAGCCUGUCCAGAAUUUCAAUACAUUAUGGUGAACUGUAUAUGGCGUUACAAAUAUCGCCACAUAAAAGUGUACAAAUUAAACGGCGACACAUUUAUUAUAAAUAUAAAUUCAAAAUACAAAACAGAUUACAGAAAUUGCGAAUUAAUAAAUGAACAUUUUGUGGAUUUGCGACCUAAACAAUUUGAAAGAUUUCUACAAUUAAAUCGAGAAAAUAUUUUGGAAUUAGAAUUGUGUGAUUAUAGCGGCAAUAAACUUGAAGAAAAUGCACAAUUUGUUCAAAAUAAUAAAUGGAAAUUUUCUAAUCUUAAAACCUUAAUUCUACAGUAUGUUAUGAUUGAUGUAAAAGAAUUGGAGUUAAUAUAUAGAAAUUGUAAAAAAUUAGAAAUAUUACGCUUAAAGCAGUGUUGUAAUUUACAGUCUGAUUUGAUAACUUUAAAUGAUCAAGACAAUUGUGCUUAUGAUAUAUUGCUUUCUAUAGUAAAAACGUUGGCAGAAUUUCAAAUUGAAUACCGAGAAAUGCAAUUUAGUAAAUCUACUAUAAAUUUACAUGAUUUACUAGCCAAAAAUAAUUUAAAACGCUUGAAUUUAAAUAUGCCGUUAAAAAAUUUACGUUACAAGGAGACACCUCGUUUGCGUGAAAAUGUUUGUGAGGUCCUGGAAAUAGGCAAUUUUGAUGAAUACAAAACUUUGCAAAAAUUUACACGAUUAUAUUUGAAAAAAUUUCAAAUACUUUCUCACUUAACUUUAGAAGGUUCUUUGAAUAAAAUUUUUAUAGAUUCUCAGUUUAUACAGAAUUUAUCAGAAUGUACUUUACAUUUAAAAUAUUUAUUUCUCAAAAGAUGUCUUAUAAAUGUCGAUGAUUUUGGUUUACUGUCUACACUCACAGAAAUAACACUUGACAAUUGCAUGUCUUUGACGUGGCGAAAUUUGAGACAAUUAUUAGAUUUGCCCCAACUACAAGCCUUUCACAGCAAUUAUUCUACCUACACCCGGGAAUUUGAAAAUAUUUGUAUACCUUGUAACCUAAAACGAUUAACUCUUGUGGGUAAUGAAUUCAAAUUUGCACAAAUAUUCGAUAAACCUAAAGAUCAAUUAACUCAAUUAAAACAAUUGAUUUAUUACGAUGGCUCUCUAACGAAAAUUUCUAAUAUUUCAAGAAAAUUUCCCAGUUUAGAAAUAUUACAUAUUUUACCUCAUCAUUUGGAACUUCAAGAUAUUUUCCAUUUAAAAAGAUUAAAAAUCUUUAAGGUGCCCAAAUGUGCCAAAAAUUCAAAAAAUAUUUUGCAUCUAAUGCAUUUAAUCGAACAUCCCACAUUAUCUGAAUUAUCAUUACUAGGCGGAGCAAUUAAUUUAGAUAAUGAAUUGUCCAUAGAUCUUUCUAAUAUAAGGGUAACAAAUUUAAGCUAUUUAGUAAUUGAUUUUGAUGUAUUUAAUUAUUUGCUAGAAUUUUUGUUAGAUUUACUAAAAUGUAAUAAAAAAUUAAAAUUAAUUAUAAGCUCCGAUGAUAUCGCCGACUACCAAUAUUUUUAUAAUUUGGUAACAAAUCGAAAAUUUUGCAAAGAUUUUAUAAAAUUAUGUGGAUUUCAAAUUGAUCGCAACGAUAUUACUGCCAGACCGAAAAUAGUGGAAAGAAAAUUACAAUUUAUAAGAGAAUUGUCAGAGUUUCAAAAUGUUUACAUAAUAAUUUAGAUUUCUUCUUUAAAAUUUAAAUUAAUAUGUAUUUCUUUAACAAAAUAAUGACAAAAUAUUUUUUU